UAACCACCCAGACGGCAUCAUCCCGCCGUUCGCUUCCCCGGACACAACAUCCCCCUCCCCCGCAAUCUUCACCCUCCACCUCGAAAACAUGUCGAAAACCACCCUCGGUCUGAUCGCAGCUGCCAGCGCGGCCACCGGUGCCGCUUGCACCGCAAUUUUCCUCUCCAGCAGAAAGCCCGCGCCUGCGCCCGCACAGCCCUCGCCCCCGGCAAACAUUGCGGCUGGGUUGGCGCGUCAAAAGUUAGAACGACAGCCUUCUACCUUGGUAGACCCCGCCGGUCUGUUUCGAUAUGGCUUUCCCGGCCCGGUGAACGACCUCGCGACGCGACACGCCCUCAUCUCCAGUUAUGACCGGCGCACUCGGAACCCGCACUGGGUAGUGGAGCACAUCACCCCCGAAUCACUAGCCACCAAGGGCGGAGACCGCAAGCACAGCCAGUUCCUCGAGGAUGAGUCCGUUCCGGAGAUGUUCCGCGCAAAGCUGCACGACUACUUCCGCAGCGGCUACGACCGCGGCCACCAGGUUCCCGCCGCCGACUGCAAAUUCAGCCAGGAGGCGAUGGAUGCCACCUUCUAUCUGACGAACAUGUGUCCGCAGGUCGGCGAAGGCUUCAACCGCGACUACUGGGCGCACUUUGAAGACUUCUGCCGCCGGCUGACGACAAAGUACCCGUCCGUCCGCAUCGUCACCGGCCCGCUAUACCUCCCCAAGCAGCACCCCGAUGGAAAAUGGCGCGUCUCCUACGAGGUCAUCGGAAAUCCCCCAAAUAUAGCCGUUCCAACACAUUUCUACAAAGUCAUUGUUGCCGAGGACGGUAGCACAAAUGGUCCGGUGGCGGUUGGCGCAUUCGUGUUGCCGAAUGCUCGCAUCACGAAUAAGACCCCGCUCACCGAGUUUGUUGUUCCGCUCGAGAUAGUGGAGCGUGCGAGUGGACUGGAAUUCUUGAAGGCGCUUCCCAACGCCAGGAUGAAGGAACUAUGCCAGGAGAUUCAAUGCGACAUCACCGUGCGAGAGUUCAACAACGCGAAGAAGGCUGCGAAGUUGUAGGUAGCAGACAAAUGGACAGUAUAUGAUAGUCAACCCAACAUGCUUUAAGCAUUUGAGUUCGGAGCGUGCAUGUAUUUCCCCAUUGUUUUUUUCCACGUUGGACAUGAGAACCGGAUGAAGCGGUUGAGCUAUUAGACUUUCCGCAGGUGGUCUCUCCUUCGGCUUUUAUCGUCCGUCCGGAUCUGGUGCAUAUUCAAGAGCUUGGGGUGUGAGAUGAUAACGAUCCAGAAGUUUAAUCAUAGAAAAAUGUACCCCAACUGAAAGGAAUUCGUAAAUGUAUAUGCAGUGACAGCACAUGAUUGCUGCAGCCAACCCAGUACAUAGUAGGGCCCAGGGGGUAUACGGGGGC